UGCAUCACACUUUUAUACCCUGCAUGAUAAAUUUGAUACCCUGCAUGACACAUAGCACCCAAAAUUAAUGCUGGUACUUGCUGUAAGAUUUCGAAAAUGGACAUACGUCUUCAAUGUCGACCCUUGUUUCUUCAUUGCAAUUUUUAGUACUUUAUUCCUUAGUACAGGGGGGUGAAGUCCGAAUAAACUAAGGCGAUUUUUCGUUAUGUAUAUAAUCUAUUCUAGUUGGAAUGUCAUUUAAUACAGAAAAGUCCAUUUUAAAAUGAUAGAUUCCACAUUGAUCACUCUAAUUGCUUGAAAACUGUGCUUGAACCCCGCUUUUCAACUCUCCGCACACGGAAAGUGCGUUGCUGUGGUAUCAGCGUCUGAUUCAUCACCAAUGGCAACGCGUUGCACUGAUUUGUUCUUCUUUUGUUCCGGGUGGAGAGAAACCCAAGUUAUCACUUCUCGCGAUCAUGUCUUCUCCGAAAAAAACAGUUCUUCCCAGGUGUGUUGAAUUCGGACCUCCCGAGCCAACCCCAGAGGAAAAGAAGCGCGCAGAGAAGGGCUUUGUUUUGGAUGGAAUUGCAGUUGCGACUUUUUCACACGACUGUGGGCACGCUUCGCCGAAGCUAGCUACUGCAAUCCCGCCAUACAACGCUCAGAAAGAUCUCCAUGCACAGAGUUAUUUCAAAGGGAGAGAGGUUGAUAGAACACUAAAGAAAACUGGUCAGUAUCCAGUUGGAUCCUCUAUCAAUGGGAAGCAAGUCGAUUUUUUCCAUGAACAUGGAAGAAUGGGGAAAUACCUGAAAUUACGUAAUGACGUUGGUGCAGGACACUCAACUAAUGUCGUAGGAGGUCAUGAUCUUUUCAUGACAAAUGUUUCCCCCACCAAUGGAUAUCACGGUCCGUUUGGUUUCAGGCGAAAUACUCCGUGGCUGAGAGAGAGCCCGUCUUCUUUCAAGGGAAAAAUAGAUAGCCGAUCAGUGGUACCUUGAUGGUUUUCUCUUGCACCAUGCACCAAAUCAAAGUCGUUGCAAAGGAGUUAUCAGGUGAUGUUAUAUAGUGUGAUUGUGAAAUUCCGAAGAAACAAUGCAAGGAUCUGCUAUGCAAAGAUGCAACAAUGCAUCAGUCCACGUCUCCUUCUGUUUUCGCUGAAGUACACAAAGAUUUCAUGUUAAUUUUCUUAAAACUCUUGAACACUAACUAGCUCAAUCAUUUUUUUAUUUUCUUCAUAAUAUUUUCAUAACUACAUAAAAUGGUUGUAAUUAUCCCGUAUGUACAGACACCGUUGUUUAAAAAUAAACUCUCAUUUAUGCAAGAAUGAGAUAACGUUUGCCAAGGCUCGAA